CCAAUCAGGCGCAGCUCCAAUCAAUAAUCGCCUGGUGGGGAGAAACUGUUAGUGCGGACCUACUCCCUGAAAGACUCUCUACGCCGACUUUCAUUACAGUUGUUGAUAGUUCAGGAGCAUGGCAGGUCCUCCGAGCACAGCUCCCCCGUGGGUUAGCACGGGGUCGCAAGGUACGUGGGCUAGUUGGACCAGGAAUCUCGCCUACACAUCCGCCGAAUAUAUCACCGAUAUUACUGUGGACUCGACCACAACGUCAUCUCCCAGUACUACAUAUAUUCAGAGAAUUACUUCGGAUAGUACGGGCGCUUCAUGGUCAACAGUGGAACACCAGCAAUCUGCCGUUGCGUUCAUUACUCAAUCGGAGUUUCUCACCGGCUCAACAGCGAUAUCAAAGGCAUAUACGACAGACGAUGCGCGUAUAGCUAGCGUUUCGUCUGCAGCAUCAGGUAUUUAUGACUCUGGGACCACAACAGAUAGAUUCCAGACGACCACAAUGAUGGAUUCCACCUCAUUCAUCAGUACAACUUGGCUAAAUAAUUCUGCCUCUAUGGUAGAUAUUGUAACGAGAGAACCACCGGUUGAAGACACCCUUGCUAAGGAUGUCAUCGUCGGUAGCUUGCUGUCAGUCCUCGGCCUUCUAACAGUCUUUGGAAACACCUUAGUCAUUCUCGCCAUUUAUCGCGAGAGGUGCCUCCGAACUGUUACCAAUCUUUUCAUUGCCUCACUUGCUUCAGCUGACUUCAUCAUUGGAACCACAGUCAUACCAUUCGCUAUUUAUAAUGAACUCCGUUUCGGUGAGUGGGUCUUUGGCAAAUCAUGGUGUGACUUGUGGCACGCAAUUGACAUAUUGGCGUGUACCGCAUCGAUAACCAAUUUGUGUGUGAUUGCUGUGGAUCGAUAUUGGGCCAUCACGCGUCCAAUGAGCUAUCCCUCUAGAAUGACCAAGAAACUGGGAAUAUUUCUGAUUGCCUGUGUGUGGAUUUGUUCAUCGUUAAUCUCAUUUCCUUGCAUUGCUUGGUGGCAAGCCGUGGAACCACCUGAUAGACCAGAUACUGAUUGCGUUUUUCCCGAAGAUGCUACAUACCUUAUCAUUUCAUCUUGCAUUUCGUUCUAUAUCCCAUCCACUUUGAUGAUAUUCAUGUAUGCACAAGUUUACCGAACAGCUGUUGAGCAAGUUAAGGUUAUCAAAAGUGGACAGAGGAAAGUUAAUGCUGGUUCCCAUCACCAAGGUGCAAUGUCUAUGAGAGUACAUCGUGGGGGAACAGUAAACAACCACCACUCGGCCGGUUAUACCAAUGGGUAUAACGCUCGAAACGUUGGAAUGACUGGAGGAAUCCACGGUGGAGCUAAGAAUGCUGUGAAUAAUGCAAGACGAUCUCUCCUUGCCGGUAUGAACCGAGAACAUAAAGCUGCCCGAACUCUCGGUAUUGUCAUGGGUGUCUUCAUCAUGUGUUGGUUACCUUUCUUUAUUGUCAAUGUCAUGGCACCAGUAUGUCCAGAUUGUAUUGUUAAUCCCCACAUUACAUUUCCCGUAGUGACAUGGCUAGGAUAUGCCAAUAGCGCACUGAAUCCGGCUAUCUAUGCCUUCGCUAGUCGUAAAUUCAAGCGUGCCUUCAUCAAGAUAAUCUGUGAUUGCCUCCCACGUCGAUACCAACCUGACAAAUGGGAGAGGAGACGGCGACCACGCCGUACAAUGUCGAUGAGUAACAUGGAACCAGAUUCAUCCUAUACUAUGGUAGAAUAUGGAGAGACUUUGGUUCGGCCGGCGGACCGUAAAGUGGACUCUUCUACGGCCAUUCUUAGUGGAGGCAGGCCUCACUUAUAUUCUCUAAGACAAACAUAUUUCUAGAGCAAAUCAUAGUGUGCGUGAAUAUUUAUUGUGUUGGUGAUGUACAAACAUGGUGUAAUUUACCUUCUCUAUAGUAACCAUGUUAGGAAGUAUUUACAUUGAACUCGACCAAAUUCAUAGAAAAUGAUUAUAUUCAAAAGACAUUGUACACAAGACGGUUAAAUAAAAUAUUUUCAAAAUACACUUAUCAACUUUCGAGCCAAUAUAAAAAAAAUCCCAAAUAGUGAGUAAUAAAUAAAACAAAAUCCUGACUGACACUCCACUGGCAUGGAUUUCAACAGCGUUAACCUCAUAGGAAGAAAGACUCUUGGAAAAAGUACCAAAUGGCUUGAAACGUCACCUGUGCGCUGCUAGAAAAAUUGUUCAUGUACUUCAGCCGUAACAGAUGUACUCACGCGUGGCUAUUGGACAGGGUCUCUUGAAUAAGAAAAUGACCCCAUCUGUGAUGCUUUCUAACGAUAGAAAAAUAAAAUAGGCUGACAGGGGAAAUAAAUCCAAAAUGUGCCAGUAUAAUGAUGUGUUGCUGCUAUAGACGUCAGGGAACACAACAGUUGCCUGUUUUUAUCAUGUACUUCAGCUGUUGGUCUGUAGGUAAUGUAUUCAUAUCUGAAAUCUGUUUUAGUGAUGCAUGCGGCAAGGUACGCAAAGAAAGCUGGUUAUGUUUUGUAACGUAUGCAGCGAUAGAACCAACGGGGAAAUGGAUAGUAGUUACCAAUUUAGAAUCAUCUUUAAUUUUUUUUAUUAAUUUCUACUAUUUCUUUUGCCUGGCAGAAGGGAACUAGGGUAAUUAUUUUUUACACAACUCUCAAUGCAACAAGUCACGCCCUUCUGCCAGGUAGUGGGCGACCUUCAUGUUUACAGUGAUGUGUAUAAAAUGUUCAUUGAUGUUGCGGUUUGUGGCGAUGUAAUUUGAAAACUUCUCUAACGUAAUAUGCCCACUUUUACAGUGUGUACAUGUUAACUGAAGCAUGUACACUACUUGGGAUGGAGAAAUGGGUAAAUAACACAUAUCUACAAGUGACUAAACAUUGGUGAGAUAAGUUCCUUGGUACAAAAUACAGCAAUGUUCGUGUAGUUUGGAUAAAAGGGGCCAUUAAACCAAACCUGGCGGUGGUCUUAAAUCCUGCCGUGCCACAAGGUAUAAUUUGCAAUAAAUAGAGCACUGCGAA